UGAAUUACUACUUCAUAAAGCAGAAAAUGCUUUAAGAACACACAGUAAAUCCACAGUGAGCGUGAAGAUCGGGUCUAGGGUUCUUCAAAUUCUCUCUUUCUUUACCAAAACUGUUUCAUCUUCUCAUAUUUAAAAACCCUAUAAAGGCUUGCGAAUCUUUAUAAACCUCGCUUUUUAAAAUCAGAGGUGUUGAAUAGAAAGGCCUUCGGUUGGUGAUAGUUGUGGUGUAAACUGUGUGUUAGGUUGAUCGGACGGUUUGGAUAACUAAGCCCGAGGUUGCAAAUGCCGGACGAGGAUUUGGUGGAGCUUAAGUUCCGAUUAUACGAUGGAUCCGACAUCGGUCCGUUCCGUUACUCUCCGGCUUCAACUGUAGCGAUGCUCAAGGAGAGAAUCGUCGCUGAGUGGCCCAAAGAUAAAAAAAUUGUGCCCAAGGCAGCGAAUGAUGUCAAGUUGAUAAGUGCUGGGAAAAUUUUGGAAAACAACAAGACUGUUGGCCAGUGUAGAAUACCUUUCGGUGAGCUUCCAAAAGGGGUCAUCACCAUGCAUGUUGUCGUGCAGCCAUCUUUAGCGAAAGCGAAAACAGAAAAGAAGGUUGAUGAGGCUCCAAGGAAAAACAUCUGUGCUUGUUCAAUAUUAUGAGAGUUGAGUCAGAUUUAAUGUUGUGGGGUUCUUGGGAUCAACUUGGCUGUGGAAUUGCGUAGUUGGAAAAGACAAUAAUAUGUAAACAGUAUCAUACCUCAUUGUUUCGUGUUUGUUGGAGCGCAUUCCUGUGCAGCACUGUAUGUUGGUUAUGAUGUAUGUGGGUUUUAUAAAAUUUGGUGUUUGAUGUACAUUUCUAGCUGCAGCAUUUCUAUAUAUCAAUCAAUACACGGCUUAUGGUGUUGAUAAA